UUAGUUCAUGGUUUUAUUAAGGAAACUUUGCGUUUAUAUCCUGUGGCACCAUUUAUAGGUCGAUAUAUGCCCCGUGAUGUUUUAAUUGGUGGCUAUCACAUUAAGAAAAAAUCACUGGUCUUACUGUCGCUCUACACAGCUGAUCGCGAUUCAAAGCACUUUCCUGAUCCUUUGGCCAGAAGGAUGGAUAUUCAACGAGAGUUAACUGUAGGCGGUGUUACAAGCCCGUGGAACUCUACCGGUUGCCAUUGGCGAUCGUUCAUGUAAAGGUCGCAAAAUAGCAAUUAGACAAAUGCACCACUUAAUCAAAGAGGUAAAUAGCGAUUUCAUUUAACGAACAUUCAC